CACUGACCAACGAAAGUGUUUGUUCAUCCUGUCCCACAAAGUAGGGUUAUCAGAAUCAUCGAAAACUCCGAAAAACCUAAAAAGUAAACAUGCCACUGGAAAACCUGGAGGAGGAUGGACUGGAGAAGAAUCCAAACUUGGAGCUGGCACAGACAAAAUUCUUACUGAGUUUAUCCGAGCACAAGAACGACGAGACACUGAAGGCUAAGUUACUCGACGCCAUAAAAGCCGAAAACAUGGCACCAUUCUACGAAGAAGUGUGCAAAGACUUGGACUGGCCAAUCGACGAGAACCUCCUAGAAGCAAUGAAAACUCGGAAUCGAGAGCAGCUCAAGGCCCUCGACGAUGCCAUCGAGGAUGCUGAGAAGAAUCUAGGUGAAAUGGAGGUUCGAGAGGCGAACUUGAAAAAAUCGGAGCACCUCUGUCGCAUUGGGGACAAGGACGGUGCCAUUUCUGCGUUUAGGAAAACUUACGAGAAGACAGUCUCGUUGGGCCACAGGCUUGAUAUUAUUUUCCAUAAUAUUAGGAUUGGUCUGUUCUACAUGGAUCAUGAUCACAUCACGAGGAACAUCGAUAAGGCGAAGAGUUUAAUUGAAGAGGGUGGAGACUGGGACAGGAGGAAUCGUCUGAAAGUCUACCAAGGCACCUACUGCAUAGCAAUCCGUGACUUCAAAGAGGCUGCCAAUUUCUUCCUGGAUACGAUAAGCACAUUCACCAGUUACGAACUCAUGGAUUACAAUACCUUCGUCAGAUACACUGUUUAUCUGAGUAUGAUCAGUCUACCGAGGAACGAGCUGCGUGAUAAGAUCAUCAAGGGCUCGGAAAUUCUCGAGGUCCUUCAUAAUAACCCAGAUUGCAAGGAGUACCUCUUCUCACUGUAUAAUUGUCAUUAUGCUGAUUUCUUCAAGAAUUUAGCACACGUUGAAGGACUCCUAAGAAGAGAUUACCUGAUCCACCCCCAUUAUCGUUACUACGUCCGUGAAAUGAGAAUUUCAGCAUAUACUCAGCUGCUGGAGUCCUACAGAUCCCUGACACUGCAGUACAUGUCUGAAGCCUUCGGAGUAACUGUGGAAUACAUAGACCAAGAACUCUCCCGCUACAUCGCAGCAGGCAGACUCCACUGCAAAGUGGAUCGUGUCGGUGGUGUCGUAGAGACAAAUCGUCCUGACAGUAAGAACUGGCAGUACCAGGCGAUGGUGAAGCAGGGCGAUCUCCUCCUCAACAGGGUCCAGAAGCUCUCACGUGUUAUCAAUAUUUAAUUUACAUUCUAAUGUCUUCGUUUGAAAUUCAGUUGCAUAAAAUAAUUAGGGAUGAGGGGGGUAAAAUGGGCCUCCUUAAAUCGUCAAUAUUUAUGGGCCAAAUGAAACAAUUUUUAUGAAUCAAGGGUCAUUUUAAAGCCUGAAAAAAUAUCUUGGGAAUGAAAGAAAUUCUGAAUUUUACUUCGAUCUCGAGUUAUUGACGAUUGAAAACGGUCCAUUUUUAUUUUUUCUCCUCCAUCAAUUACGGAAUUCUCUUCUCAAUUCAUCAUUAAUUACUUUGUGGCGACAGUGUCACAAGUUUCAUUGACACGAUCAACACAAAUUACCAGAAUGCUACUAUAAUACUUUUUGUAAAAGAAUGAUUAAUAAUUGCCUAUUGAAACCUGGGAGUUUAAAUUU